UCUCUUCAUUCCUCGUGCAUAGCCACACCUCCCACUUGCCCGCUCCCUUAGGUCAGAGUUGGUGUCGAGGAUGACGGCCGGCGGGCGGAGGGUGACGGUGUGCGCAAAGACGACGGUGGUGUCGAUGACACCGGUACGGCAGGGGAAGACGUACCCGCUGUCGGCGCUGGACCACGCGAUGGGGCGGCACACGCUGCGCCUGGUCUUCUACUACCGCCCCGGGCCCACCAUGGACAAGUUCAAGCUCAAGGAGUCGCUCUCGGAGGUGCUGUCGCAGUAUCCGGCCGUGACGGGGCGGCUCGCGCGGGAGGAGGAGGAGGAGGGCGGCGGCCACGGCGGCUGGGUGGUCAAGUGCAACGACGCCGGGGUGCGGCUGGCGGAGGCUCGGGCGAGUGUCACCCUUGACGAGUGGCUCCGGGCGGCCGACGACGAGGAGGAGAUGGAGUUGGCGUACUGGGAGCCCAUGGACGCCGAUCCCUUCAUUUGGUCCCCUUUCUACGUGCAGAUCACGGAGUUCGAGGACAAGGCGAUCGCCAUCGGAUUGAGCUGCCCCCACAUGCAUGCCGACCCCACGUGCGCCAUCCUCCUCGUCCGGGCGUGGUCCGACGCCCACCGCCGGGCCUGCGUCGUCUACCCGCCCUUCCUCCACGCCCCGGCCUUCUUUCCACGCCCCCAACCCAAUCCCUCCUCUCCCCUCCUCUCCUUCAAGUCCUCCUCCACACCCGCCACUCACACGAAGGGGAGGAUGUCCUCCGCUACCUUCGUCUUCUCCGACGCCGCCGUCAAGUCCUGCCUCGCCGACGCCGGCCUUCCGCUAGACUCCUCCCCGUUUGACGCCCUCGCCGCCCUCUUCUGGACCCGCAUAGCCCGCGCCUCCACCCCGGAGCCGGACGCCCCUCUCGGCCUCGCCGACCUCACCCUCUGCAUCGACUUCCGCAAGCACAUGCACGCGCCCCUCCCCCACGGGUUUUAUGGCAACGCCUUCCACUUCUACCGCACCCGCGCCGAUCUCGGCUCCGGACUCGAGCACGUGGCCGCGGAGCUGCGGCGCCACGCGGCGGCGAUCCGUGAGGAGGAUUUCUGGGAGGCGGUGGAGUGGGUUCACGAGCGGCGGCCGGGCCGCCGAGAGGCGGAUCCGCCGUUCCAGAUGUACGGACCGGAGCUGACGUGCAUGCAGAUGGACCACCAGCCGUUCGCGUACGGGGCGGCGUUCGAGAAGGACGGUGGCCGGCCGGGGCACGUGACGUGCAGGGUGGGCGGCGUGGAGGGGGCGGGGCUGGUGCUGGUGAUGACGGCGGCGGAGGAGGGGGCGGCGAGGCAGGUGGUGGUGACGCUGCCGGAGGAGGUGGCAGACAGGAUCUGUCAGGACGACGCCAUCAUGAAGUACGUGCCCGUUGUAAUGUUCGCCGCCUCCGACAUCUCACGAAGCUAAAUGCUGCUGCAGCAGCAGCAGCAGCAGCGCAAUGUCAUGGCGGCGAGAUCGUCUGCGUCGUUGCGGGGACGCACAAAUCGUGUUCUUCGUUGUGAACUGCAUCGAUUUAGAAUAAAUUGAAGUGCUUUAUUCA